AUUGAAUUCACGUGACUAAAUUUGAUGCCCUCGUAAUUCGAUUUUUCUUUGUUUACUUUUCGAAAUUUUGAAUUUUGUUUUUGAUUUUGUUCAGAAUUUGAAAAGGGCAUUAAAAGUGAAAUGAGUGGAACUGGAAUAGUGGAGUUGCCAGACUCUCCAAAAGAUAUCGUGUCUUCAAUCAAAUUCUCACCUGUUUAUAACCAUUUAUUGGCUAGUUCUUGGGAUGGUAUAGUACAUCUUUAUAGCACAGAUCCACAGAGUACCCAGAAUGACUCUCUCUUGAAAAUAGAUACUCAUACCCCAGUGACUGAUAUAACUUGGGAUGGUUUCACGUGGAAAAAGGCAUUUCUGAGUAAUGUUGAUGGGGAAGUUAAAGAAAUAGAUUUAGAAAAUGCUAGAGCUACAAACGUGAUAGGAACUAAACAUGAUUCUGGGAUACAGGCGUUAACUUAUAUCCCCAACUCAAGAGGUAUAUUGGUUAGUGGCUCUUGGGAUAAAUCUAUACAAUAUUUGGAUUGUCGUUUACAAAAUAGUGGUAAACUUGGUUCAACAGCUUAUCAUACAAAAUUACCUGAAAAGGUAUUUGCCAUGGAUGCUACUGAGAAUAACGUUGUUGUUGCCAUGUCUAAUAGAUUAGUUCAUAUUUAUGAUAUAAGGAAUCCAACUUCUCCACUUCAGAUUAGAGAAAGUGGAUUAAAAUAUCAAACAAGAUCAUUAAAAUGUAUGCCCAAUGGGUCAGGAUAUGCACAAAGCUCAAUAGAAGGUCGUGUUGCAAUAGAAUAUUUUGAUCCAUCUUCUAAAGUACAAGCUCAAAAAUAUGCAUUCAAAUGUCAUAGACUUCCAUGUUCAGAUGUGGAUUUAGUAUCACCAGUUAAUGCGCUAAGUUUCCAUAAGAAAUAUGGAACUUUAUUCACUGCAGGUUCUGAUUGUCAUGUUUGUUUAUGGGAUCAAUCAUCAAAGAAAAGAUUAAGACAAUAUUCUAAAUUUGAUCAAUCAGUUGUGUGUCUAGAUACUGAUUACAAAGAUGGGAAUUCCAUACUGGCCAUAGCUACAAGUGAUGAUUCUUUCAAGACAGUGGCCACAUUGGACGGUGGAGCUCCAUUACCCUCAAAGAGUUCGAUAUAUUUGAAAUAUUUGGGAGAAAAUGAAGGAAUGCCUAAAACUAGGAGUUGA